AUGCCGCGAAACUUGGACGACUCCACUAAGAGUUUCAUUCUGAGAGUUGCAGGAUUCACCGUAACUUUGCUCGUGUGUUUCAUCCUUUGGGGGCAUCUAUUCUUCUUGCCGAGACUGCGACGGAGGGCGUUAAAACUUUCCUCCGAGCAAGGAAGACGUGCGCCACCGCAUUCGUAUGAAACCCUUCUGUUGGUAGGUUGUGGUCAAACGAUCCUCGUCUUAUCGCUGCUGUCUUUUCUAUUUACGCUACCAAUCAUCUUGUCCGGAAGGAUUGACUCGGACGAAGCCAAGGCGUUGUCGGCAGAUUUGACGUCUUCCAUCAACUUUUGCGAAGACGACUUUCAAUUUUCGCGGUACGUUGCGGAACCAGCGAACGUGGCUUCGUCGCUCGGUGCCUACCUUCCCCUCGCAUUUCAUGGUCUAGCAGGACCACCCUCCCAGAGUUGGCGUCGGCGUCCAUUGAGGGAUGGCGUCCGCUUUGCUGCCGCCUACGCUACAUUGGGCACAAUUGGUGUCGGGUCCAUGGCGCUCCACGCGCUUUUAACCUCCUGGACACAAGGUGGCGACGAGAUUCCUAUGCUCUGGUAUACGGCCACAACCUGCUUUUGUGCCUUUGAUAUUUUGUGCUGGUGGAAGGAGACACACCACCAGUGGCGUUCAGAACGCUUGGGAGCAGCCGUUGGCGUAUCCGCCAUCGGUGCGACUGUUACGUACAUUUUGAAUCGCAGCGACUUUACAGUUUUUUCCUUACUUUUUGCCAUAUAUUCGCAGACCAUGAUCUUAUCUAUCUUGUAUCUAGUGAUCGGAUUCGACUGGGAACAUCGGCAGCCGAGUGGACCUGCUGCGGGUAUUGAAUUUCAGGUACAUGUAUUGCUGCCACUCGCCACAACUUCGGGCCUCUUGACGAUCAUGUCGAUCGUUGUGUGGGCGUCAGAAAUGGUGUAUUGCCACACCGCAACUAGAGACGUGCACUUGGCAGAUGCCACCGUGGAUGGGGAGUGGCUUCGGUCAAGUGGUCACUAG